AUGAUCGCCUCGUUAAUUGCAUAUAUGAUUAUGGGCUCAUUAAUCUAUCGAAUCAUUGAUCAUGAAAUUGGAAAGAAAUCUUGGGCUCGUUCAUUCAUUUGGGUAUUUCAAUUGUUGGCAACUAUUGGAUGGGGAGAUUCUCAAGCUGGAAAUACACAGAGUCAAGCAUUUACAGUUAUCUAUAUCAUUAUAGGUAUACCAAUGCUAUUCUCUGUUUAUGCCAAUCUUGGAAGGCUUGUAACACACUUUUGCUGUCAAUAUUGGCUUAUUAUUAUAUCAAAAAUAUUUGGAAAGGAGCGUAAUAAGGAUGAGGAUUUUGAUGUUUUUAAAACCCAACGUCUUCCAUUAUCAUCAAUUUUAACAUUGCUAAUAUUCCAUCAAUCUAUAGGGUUGGGUAUUUACAGUUUUGGCAUCAAAGAUUGGCCAGUAAUUUCGACUGUAUAUUUUAGUAUUACAACAAUGGCAACUUCUGGUUUUGGCGAUUACCACCCCGAUACUGACAGUUGGCCUGAGACUAUAAUUGCCGUCCUAUACAUUUCCGUUGGCAUUGUCCUUCUUUCAGCAUUAUUCCUAACAUUGGCACUCUAUUAUCAAACCUUCCUAUAUAUUGAAUUCAAAGGCAUUUUUGUUCAGCUAUAUGAUAAACUUUUGCUUUGGAAACGUUGUAACAAAGUUGGAGAUACUGGGGCUGCUGAGAAAGGAGUGGCUAAAAAUCUUCAUUAAGAUAGGAAACGCAAGAUUUUUUAUUAGUUUUUUAAACAAAAUGAACUUUAAAAUUAACCUUUAAUCUUGCCUUUUAUUGUAGCGUGUUGCGCGUGCAUCGUGAUGUUUUUUUUAUUUUCACGAGUUCCAACUUGCGCAAUAACUAACAAAUUUUGUCACAAAUUUUAUACUUUUAUUUAUUCUUCUAUG